AGCAGGGGGGAGGGAGGGCGGACGCGGGGGGCGCGGGAAGGGCGGGGGGGUGUGUGCGCGCUCGGAGGUUUCGGGCCAGCCACCGCCGCGCUAGCUAGAAGCGCCCCAGCCCGGCAAGCUGGCUCACCCGCUGGCCACCCAGCACAGCCCGCUGGCCCCUCUCCUGCAGCCCAUCUGGCGGAGCGGCGGCGGCGGCGGCAGGAGAAUGGCAUCAGAACUGGCAAUGAGCAACUCCGACCUGCCCACCAGUCCCCUGGCCAUGGAAUAUGUUAAUGACUUCGAUCUGAUGAAGUUUGAAGUGAAAAAGGAACCGGUGGAGACCGACCGCAUCAUCAGCCAGUGCGGCCGUCUCAUCGCCGGGGGCUCGCUGUCCUCCACCCCCAUGAGCACGCCUUGCAGCUCGGUGCCGCCUUCUCCCAGCUUCUCGGCGCCCAGCCCGGGCUCGGGCAGUGAGCAGAAGGCGCACCUGGAAGACUACUACUGGAUGACCGGCUACCCGCAGCAGCUGAACCCGGAGGCGCUGGGCUUCAGCCCAGAGGACGCAGUCGAGGCGCUCAUCAGCAACAGUCACCAGCUCCAGAGCGGCUUCGAUGGCUAUGCGCGCGGGGCGCAGCAGCUGGCCUCGGCAGCCGGGGCCGGCGCCGGCGCUUCCCUGGGCAGCAGCGGCGAAGAGAUGGGCCCCGCUGCCGCCGUGGUGUCCGCCGUGAUCGCCGCGGCCGCUGCGCAGAGCGGCGCGGGCCCGCACUACCACCACCACCACCACCACCACCCCGCCGGCCACCACCACCACCCGACGGCCGGCGCGCCGGGCGCCGCGGGCAGCGCGUCCGCUUCUGCCGCUGGCGCGGGCGGCGCGGGCGGCGGGGGCCCGGCCAGCGCCGGGGGCGGCGGCGGAGGUGGCGGCGGCGGCGGCGGGGGCGCGGCGGGGGCGGGGGGCACCCUGCACCCGCACCACACCGCCGGAGGCCUGCACUUCGACGACCGCUUCUCCGACGAGCAGCUGGUGACCAUGUCCGUGCGCGAGCUGAACCGGCAGCUGCGCGGGGUCAGCAAGGAGGAGGUGAUCCGGCUGAAGCAGAAGAGGCGGACCCUGAAAAACCGCGGCUAUGCCCAGUCCUGCCGCUUCAAGAGGGUGCAGCAGAGACACGUCCUGGAGUCCGAGAAGAACCAGCUGCUGCAGCAGGUCGACCACCUCAAGCAGGAGAUCUCCAGGCUCGUGCGCGAGAGGGACGCGUACAAGGAGAAAUACGAGAAGUUGGUGAGCAGCGGCUUCCGAGAAAACGGCUCCAGCAGCGACAACCCGUCCUCUCCCGAGUUUUUCAUUUCAUGAGCUGGUGUUCCAUUUUCUGUGUGUGUUUUCAUUUUGUUUGGACUUUUUUUUUUCAUUUUAAUUUUUGGAGCUUGCUGUGUUACCGUUUUUACCAAACCUCCACCCUCACUCCCUCUCCACUCAUCUCCUCUGAGAUAAAAGAAAAAAAAGUUUAAGUUUUUUUUUCUCCUCCUGAGUUCUUCAUGUGAGAUUGAGCUUGCAAAGGAAAAAAAAAUGUGAAAUGUUAGAGACUUGCAGCGUGCUGAGUUCCAUCGGGUUUUUUUUUUUAGCACUGUUAUGCUAAAAUAGAGAAAAAUCCUCAUGAACCUGCCACAGUCAAGCCUGCAUCAACCUUCUGGGUAUGACUUGCGAGUUUUGGCCUUACGAUGCCAAAGCUGAGAGUUUAGUCUGCCAUUAAAAAACUCAUUCUCAUCUCAUGCAUUAUUAUGCUUGCUACUUUCUCUUAGCAACAAUGAACUAUAACUGUGUCAAAGACUUUAUGGAAAAGAGACAUUAUAUUAAUAAAAGAAAGCCUGCAUGCUGGACAUGUACGGUAUAAUUAUUUUUCUUUUUUUUUUCCUUUUGGCUUGGAAAUGGACGUUCGAAGACGUAUGGCAUGGCAUUCAUACUUUUGUUUUAUUGCCUCAUGACUUCUUUGAGUUCAGAAUGAAAACGUGCAACCCUAGAGCCUUCUUCCCAUGAAAGUUUGCAUCUGCUCCAAACCUGCUUUGAGUUACUCAGAACUUCAGCUUCCCAUUGUAAAUGCACUGAAGGCACUCCUUAUCAAAGAUGCCAGAAGGGGGUAAAAAUCUGACAUGGCACACAUGAAAGGGUUCUUAAUGUUUCCUUUUUAAUAAGAUGACACCUCACUUUGGGGACUCAAAUUGUGCUGUUGCCGAAAGCAGUCUAAAAUUUAUUUUUUAAGAAAAAGAAAUCUGCCCCGUUGGGUUUUUUUUUUGUUUGUUUGUUUUAUUUUAUUUUUUUUAUUUUAUCUUUUUUUUUUUUUGGCUUUUGGUCAUUGUCAAAUGUGGAAUGCUAUGGGUUUCUAGUAUAUAAUUUAAUUCUAGUUUUUAUAAUCUGUUAGCCCAGUUAAAAUGUAUGCUACAGAUAAAGGAAUGUUAUAGAUAAAUUUGAAAGAGUUAGGUCUGUUUAGCUGUAGAUUUUUUAAAAGAUUGAUGCACUAAAUUGUUUACUGUUGUGAUGUUAAGGGGGGUAGAGUUUGCAAGGGGACUGUUUAAAAAGUAGCUUAUACAGCAUGUGCUUGCAACUUAAAUAUAAGUUGGGUAUGUGUAGUCUUUGCUAUACCACUGACUGUAUUGAAAACCAAAGUAUUAAAAGGGGAAACACCCCUGUUUAUAACUGUAGGGGUAUUUUACAUUCAAAAUGUAUGUUUUUUUCAAAAUUAAAGUAUUUGGAUUGAAUUGCACUAAGAUAUAACCUGCAAGCAUAUAAUACAAAAAAAUUGCAAAACUGUUUAGAACGCUAAUAAAAUUUAUGCAGUUAUAAAAAUGGCAUUACUGCACAGUUUUAAAAUGAUGCAGAUUUUUUUACAGUUGUAUUGUGGUGCAGAACUGGAUUUUCUGUAACUUAAAAAAAUCCACAGUUUUCAAGGCAAUAAUCAGUAAAUGUUAUUUUCAGGGACUGACAUCCUGUCUUUAAAAAAAAUGAAAAGUAAAUCUUACCACAAUAAAUAUAAAAAAAUCU